GCCACGAUACGAAAGUGACUCUCAGAGCUCGGCCGGAGGAAGUGGAGCAUCAGGGAGCUCAUCUAGCUAUAGCAGUGGAGCAGGAAAUACCACUACCCCUUCUGCCACACCGAGCUCGUCCGCUCCCUCUACUGCUACGACUUCAGGCCAACCCUCCAACUUUGUCAGAGCCCCCGCCAGGCAAAAUACUGGUGCAUGGGGUGCAUUUGGUGAUGGCGCGGAUGAGCCUGCUCCGCCUCCUUAUACUCUUGAAGCCAUCGAAGAAACCCCUGCGGCUGCCACUCCUUCGGCUUCAAACACAACCACCAGUCCAGCGACCAGCUCGGCCUCUCCUGUACUUACUCAACAACAACAAUCAUCUCCCGUAUCAACCUCUACUCAACAAUAUCCCUCACCAUCAGCAGGUUCCCCGUCUGUAUCACAGGUCGGGGUCCAUCGACAUGCGUCCUACUCUGUCUCCUCAGGAUCGCCAACACCUUCAAGUCAAGGAGCAACCGGUUUGGGUCGUGCUACCACAUAUUCAGCUCCUUCAACCCAGCCUGCCACCUUCGUAGCUCAAUCCUUUAACCAACCGACAGGUGGGUCACCGGGUAAUCCCUCCUUGUACAGACCGCCUGUGCAUCCUUCAUCCCCACUUGCAGGUCCAGGGGUGAACAAUUGGCCUACUGGGACAUCCACACCACCGGUAUCUUAUGCCCCUUACCAACGAAAGGACAGCACUCCGUAUAACAUUCCGGCAGGACAGUCUCCCAAUGCCUCCGUAUCAAAUCUCUCCCAGAAUUUCUCUCACAAUAUGAAUCUUGGCCCGAGUGGCGGCAGUCCUAGCACUGCUAACACGCAUCUGCCCCAACACACGGCACAUUACGGGAGCGCAUCCGGGGGUCCCUCUCCCCAACCCAUGAAUGCGCCCUUACCGUCACCAGGUUCGGCUCAACCAUCGGCUACCUACAUUAAUACAAAUGUACCGCCUCAGAAUCCGACUCCGAAUGCAUCCGGAGGGUACUUUGGGACAACCACUUCGUAUGGUGCUGGUGCUCCUACCGGUGCAUAUUCUUCUGGAGUCGUCUCAAAUCCAGCAUGGACACCUGCUGCAAGUUCUCAACCACCGACGAUGAGCAAUCCACCCUUUGGCGCUGCGGUUAAUAAUAGCAACAACAACAACGCCAGCCCGAGCGCCAAUCUAUACCCUGCGACAACCUCCACGCCUUCUCCUAACGUGUCACCUUCAGGUUUUGCGCCACCCACUGGCCCUCCACCUUCUUCGGGAUACUCUAAUCCAGCAUCAACAAUAAACACUUCGAAUCUGUACUCUGCCCCAACGACAGGCCCUCCUCCACAGCAAUCUGGGAGUUCUGGGCCGUCAUUCCCUCCACCGAAUUGGGUG